AAUCGCCCUUUGAGGUGGUGCCGGAUCGCGCCGCCUUCGACCGGGAAUACGGCCCCGGGAGCAUCCCGAUGGCGGAGCGGGAGGUGCUGAGCCAGAUCCCGGAGGAUCGCGUCUGCGACUUCCCGGUGAAAGCCCGCACCGGGAACGGCAUUCCCGGCCUUCCAGCCAAGCUUCCCACCGGAUUGGCCCGGCAAGCGUCCGGCACGGCUGCGGCCUUGGAAGAGGUGUCCAAGUGCGUGCGGGAGAUGCACAGCUUCACCAGCGAGCUGCUCAGCUGGGAUUUAGUGGAGAGGAAUGGUGGGAAUGGGAACAGCGCCGGGAAUCCCGGCACCGCCGAAGCCGACAGCUCCGGCGAUUCCGACGACACCGUCAUCGAGGAGGCAGCGCCGGAGGAAGCACCAGCCCCCCUCCCCCCUGGAGCCACCCCCGUUCCCAGCCCCAUUCCCGCUGCCCGGGACUGGGAGGAGGAGCGGCUCACCCUGCGGGCGCUGCAGGAGCUGGGGGAGCCUCCUCGGGAGCCGCCCAAUCCCAGCGGGAAUGUCGCUGAGCCCCCCCCUCCCGCGGGGCGGCCGCUGCUCCUCUGGCGCAGCCUGGCAGCGCGGGAGCUGGUGCUGUGGCGGGACCCGCGGCGCUCGGCGCUCGUGCUGGGCGCCAGCCUCGUGCUGCUGCUGUCGCUGGCCACGCUCAGCGCCGUCAGCGUGUGCGCGCACCUGGCGCUGGCGCUGCUCUGCGUCACCGUGAGCCUGCGCGUGUACCGCGCCCUGCUGCAGGCGCUGCACAAGGCCGAGGAGGGGCACCCCUUCCGCGCAUACCUGGAGCUGGACAUAACGCUGUCCCCGGAGACGUUCCGCGCCGCGGCCGCCGCUGCCCCCCCCCCCCUGAACCGGGCACUGCGGCUGCUGCUGCGCCUCUUCCUGGUGGAGGACCUGGUGGAUUCCCUCAAGUUGGCCGUGUGCAUGUGGCUGCUGACCUACAUCGGAGCUGUCUUCAAUGGCAUCACCCUCCUCAUCCUCGCUGAGCUCUUGGCCUUCACGCUCCCACCCCUCUAUGAGAAGUACAAGGUGCAGAUCGAUCAGUAUAUGGCCAUCGCCCGCAGCCACACCAAGGACCUCAUGGCCAAGAUCCAGGCGAAAGUCCCGGGCUUGGCCAAGAAGAAGCCAGAAUAAACUCCCCCCAGGGGGGGAAAUAUUGGGGUACCCCCAUAUGGUGCCCCCCCCCCCUUCAUUCACUCACCCCAAACUCAACCCCCCCCUCCAAGCUCGUACAACCCCCCCAUAUCUCACAGUGGCUUCCGUCUGUCCCCCCCCAGCACCCCUAAACCUUGGACUUGGGGCCUCUCUAUGGGGCUAUUUGGGGGGGGCUGCACCCCAAACUCCCCCCUGACUCCUCCCACCCUCAGCUCAUUCGCCCCCCCCUUUAUUUUUUUAAUGUUAAUUAAGGUGAAAUGUCUGUAACUGCUGUAAACGGGGGGGGGAGGGUGGCAAAGCCCCUCUCCCCACCCCCCCCAAACCGCACUGCCCCCCCCUCACUCCCCCCAACACCCCAAAUCUAUGGGGUGAGGGGGGGGGAAAUGGGGACCCCCCUUCCAAAGCCGCCCGCGGGGACGUGGCAUCAAUAAAACACCACGACGGGUGGUUGUGCCCCCGCCUUGUCA